UAAUCUCAUUUCGAUUAAUGUCACUUUAAUUGGAAAAACUUCCUUAUAUCCCCUUCGGGUAGUAAAAAGGAGGUGUGACAUAUACUAUAGACUGAAUCCUCUUGAUUUUUUCGUAUUUUACUUCUUUAUAUUUUGAUUUUUUUUUUUAUAAAAAUUCUGUGUCUGUCACUUCGCAAAACUGAAAAUGAUAUCCAAGGGAUGAGGAAAAUAUUUAUUGUUUCAUGCACUUUUUACUGACUCAUGAGCUGGCGACCAAGUCUCUGAUUCUUGUCUCAGGGUUUGAAUAAUUUGCUGACUAUAUUACCUACUGAUUUGCAUGGCAGUAUUUUUUUUCUUUUUGCUUUGUUUAAAGAUGUAUGGAAUCAUAACAGCUCAUUCAUUAUCCUUUUAAAUAUAACUGGCAAACUGAGCUUAAAGUAUGUAUUGCUUGAAAGUUUUGGUACUUACAUUAUAUAUGUACCUAGAAAGUCCCUCCGUGCUCGUUAAGAUGGUUGGACCUCUACUUAAAGGUCCCGAUUUCAAGACGGGAGAAUAGAAAUUAAAACUUCUUGGCUAGCUAGAUUAAUCAGACCAAUAGAUUGCAAGUACCUUAUGGCUUAUAAUCCUAGUGAUAAGCAUACAUUUAACCCAAGGAAGUGUUAGAAGAGAAAACUACUACUAGUACUAGUACUAGUACAUUAUAUUUACUUAUUUACUCAAUUUAGAAUCUUUUACAAAUUGAGAUUUCCAAAGUACUUCACGCACGAUGUCAGGGUUCAUAUAUUAGAAUAAGGUAGAUGUCUGUACCCUAGCUUUGACUAUGAGUUGAUUUUGAACUCUCUAUAAAAACCCAAUCUUUGUGUUAGUACUUUGUGCCUCUCACUUCAUGAGGAAAAUAAUCACUUUCAUGUUUUUUAAGAAAGAAAAACUCACUGUUCAAAAAUGAGUUCCACUCGUUUCAUACAAUUGUUACUCCUUGUUAUGGUCGUUGUUUUGCUUGUCCUAGAGCAGCCCUCUUCUACUCAUACUCAGUUAGGAAUACUAAGGAAGAUUGGAGGAAGAAAAAUGCUGGAAAAUGUCCCUCUUCAGGGACCGGAAGAACAUCAAAUUAACGUUCAGGUGGAAACACUUGAGCCCAAUGCAGCAUCAAAGAAAGCCAGCUCUAGCAAGACAAAGAAAAAUGAUUCAAAGGAUCAGUUUCUUGAUGCAGCAGAUGAAGUAGCAAACCUGAUGUGGAAGGAUUACAGUGGAAGGGCCAGGCCUCGCCGCAAGCCUCCAAUCCAUAAUUACAAUCCUACAACUAAACAUUAGAAGUUAUGUCUCAAAAUAUGUUGCUACAUUCGUGUCGGAUCCUCCAAAAAAUGCACUACUUUUGGAGGAUCCAACACGCAACUGUGAGUAUUUUUGAAGAGCUCGAACAAUAUAGAAAUUAGAAGUUCACUUUAUAUUUGAUUAUAUUACUCUUUACCAUAGUACUUAAGUGAUGUUUAGGUUUGGGCCUCACAAUUUUCCACCCUACAAGUUAAGUGCCCCUCCAAUAGUAUAAAUUGUAGGGAUAGAUCACUUAUCUUCUUUUGGUUACUUCGGUUGUAAAAACAAGCAUAGGGAAUUUGUUUUGUGACCUACCUAUUUUGGAUAUUGCCACUGUAUGUACUAGGAUUGUAGAAUUGUUUAGGCACUGUACAUUUGGUUGUAUUCUUUAAGUGUUGUCAAUGUUGGUGUGGUUUGAUUGAGUCUUGA